GCUGCUUGGGCUGAAAACACCGGUGGAGACAUGGUCGUUCUCUGCUCUCCUCUCCUCUCUUCCCCUACCGGCAGUGGCGCCAACUGACCGACAGACGCAGGUGCAGUGGAGGCAGGGGGGUGCCAGCAGCCAAGGGCUUCAUGGUUUUGGAAGGGGCUUGGCAUGGGACACAGGGGUCAGGUGUCCCCCACAAUGGGGACAGGCCGACAAGCUGCUAUUCUGGGGCUCUGAUCACGGCCACCUAUUUAUAGCGCUGGGAGGGGGGAGGCCUUGGCCCUCCCCACACAAGCAGCAGAGAGGCUGCCUACUGCAAUGUCACUGCCACUGCAGACUGCCAGCAGCUGCCACCACAUCCCAGCCGAAGGAGACAGAGGGGCUGCAGUCUGACAGGAACCCCAGGACCACCAGGUGCUGUGUGAGGAAAGGACGUGGCCGGUCAGAUGGGCAGCACCAUGGAGCCCCCUGGGGGCGGGUACUUGCACCUGGGCGCUGUGACGUCCCCGGUGGGCACAGCUCGUGUGCUGCAGCUGGCCUUCGGCUGCACCACCUUCAGCUUGGUGGCGCACCGGGGUGGCUUCGCGGGCGUCCAGGGCACCUUCUGCAUGGCAGCCUGGGGAUUCUGCUUUGCGCUCUCGGGUCUGGUGGUGGCCUGUGACUUCACCCGGCUCCAUGGCUGCCUACACCUCUCCUGGGGCAACUUCACUGCAGCCUUCGCUAUGCUGGCCACGCUGCUGUCGGCCACGGCCGCCGUCAUCUACCCGCUGUACUUCACCCGGCUGCAGUGCCCACCUGAGCCUGCAGGUUGUGCAGCCAGGGACUUCCGCUUGGCCGCCAGCGUCUUCGCCGGGCUCCUCUUUCUGGCCUAUGCUGCAGAGGUGGCCCUGACCCGGGCCCGGCCAGGCCAGGUGGCCAGCUACAUGGCUACGGUGUCCGGACUGCUCAAAAUUGUCCAGGCCUUCGUGGCCUGCAUCAUCUUUGGGGCACUGGUCCAUGACAGUCGCUACGGGCGCUAUGUGGCCACCCAGUGGUGUGUGGCGGUCUACAGCCUGUGCUUCCUGGCCACGGUGACCGUGGUGGUCCUGAGCGUGAUAGGCCACACGGGCGGCCUGCACUGCCCCUUCGACCGAGUGGUGGUGGUAUACACCUUCCUGGCUGUGCUCCUCUACCUCAGUGCUGCAGUCAUUUGGCCCGUCUUCUGUUUCGACCCCAAGUACGGCAUGCCUGGGCGGCCCCCCGACUGCCCUCGGGGCAGCUGCCCCUGGGACAGCCAGCUGGUGGUGGCCAUCUUCACCUACGUCAACCUGCUCCUCUACGUGGCCGACCUCGCCUACUCCCAGAGGAUCCGCUUCGUGCCCUCUCUAUAGCCCAUCAGGUGGUAACCCACUCACCUCUGCUGUCCCGGGGCACCAGGCACCAUGAGAGUGACCCAAGAGAACACAGACCCUCUGGGAACGAGCCGGAGGAGGAGGCAACCAGCACAGCCACUCCUGGACUUCUGGCAGCGCUGGCAGCUUGGGGGCAGGAGGGGUGGGGAACAGAGGAGCAGGAGGCCCUGAGCAGGACAUCAGAGGAGGCUCCUCUGCCAGGCAGCGCCCAGCCUUUUCUGUUUGUCACUCUCUGUCUGUUUCCCUCUCCCUCUCUGUCUGUGUCUCUCUGUCUUCCUCUCUCUCUGUCUCUGUUUCUCUCUAUCUCUAGCUUUAUUUCUCUGUCUCUGUCCCUAUUUUCUGACCCUCUCUGUCUCAGUGAUGGUCACUGUAACACCUGAGAAACCUUUGAAGUAGGUGCUGUUGUGACCCACUUUGCAGAUGGGGACACUGAGGCUCAGAUUUAGGAGGCGGCCCCGCCCCAUGUGUCCAUCAGUGUCUGGAGCCCACAUUCAGGCUGGGUAACCUACGGAGAGUUAAAAAACAAUCAAUUCUCAGAGGUGUGGGAAGGGGUUGGAGAGAAGCCCAGGAGAGGGCCAGAGCUGGGCCGGCAGAGGAGUGUGGCGGCCGGGUCUUUCUCCAGCCUUGCGGGGGGGUGGGGGGACAGUUCCCAGAACCCUGGAAUGACAUCUAUCAAAGCAGGGCUCUGCUGAAGGGUCUGCGCUCCCGGAAGAGGACCCAGGAAUCGGCGCCCCAGUGCGCCUGUCUUUCAGCGGCCACAAAUGCCCGAGUCGGGGCCAAGACUGUGGUGUGGUCACACAGGGCAGCCUCAGUGGGCUGUAGACAGCACAGGUGGCCUGUAGUGGCCCGCAGAGAGCAUAGCACGCUGAGGAGAAGCUGGGUUCCCACUCAGGCAGGCCUCUCACCAUUGGUCCCCAUGCAACAGUGUCUGCAAUGUCUGCUGUGGGCCCAGGGGAGACUGGCUUGGGGCAGCCACUGGAAUGCACAGCCUGGGCACCGGGCACCUCUCUGCUGCUCAGGCCAUGACCUCCACUCAAGUGUCCAUCUCCUCAGCCACUGACCACCAAAGCCCACUUUCCAGCCUGCUUCUCCCACUCAAGAGCCCAGCCUGAGCUGGCCCGGAGCAGCCCACUGGUCGACCCAUGGACUGGCCAGGGCCUUGAGCAGGAAAUAAAUGCCAACACUUAUUUGCA